AUGAUAUCUGAAGAUCUUGAAAAUCGCUAUAAAGCCUUAAUAAAGGAGCGCAACCAAGUGACUGAAAAGCUUAAGAACUUGAACUGAAACAAAAAAUCGUAUAUAUCAUAUAGAAAUCCGAAAGAUGUCUUACUCUCUCAUUAAACCCAAAUUUCUAUUUUUUAAAAAUUUUUAAUAAAAACUUAUUUUUAAUGGCCUUAUUUAAAUAAAGAAAUUAGUAGUAAAGCGCCCAGGCCAAGAUCCUGAAGAAUUUACCAACAGUAAGAAAAAUAGAUCAAGGUCGCCAAGAAAUUUUGAACUGCAUACAGAGCGUCCUCCUUUAUUAAAAGGUUCUAAAUCUGAAAGACUCCGAAACAAGAAUAUAGUGACCUCUUUAUUAGGUCAUCUUAAAAAAGCCAAGCAAGAUUUAUCUGAACAAAAACCCAAGCUCGAGCUGCAAAUGAAAGCUAACUUAAAAGUAGCCCAAGAAAUUAAAAAACAAGAAGAGGAAAUUCGAGUCCAAGCUCUUGAAGAAAUUAAUGUAAAUUUCGAAUAGAAACAAAAAGAGAUUGAAAUCCAGAAGAAAAACGAGCUAGAUGAGCAGAUAGCCAAGCUUCAAUUUCAAAUGCAGAAAGAGUCUCAUGAAAAUAGGACAGCAGUAUAUUGCAGCUAUAUUUUGACAGAGUAAAAAAUAUAUAGCACUCAGCCUGGGAUAUUUUAUAUGCCCUAUAAGCAUAAUGAAAUUACCAAAAAAAGACUGGCACAGUCAAAAGAAAAAAUUGAGGUAAAUUCUAGGCAGGGAAAGGCAGGAGUUUGGCACAGGCAUCUUGAAGAAGAGGAGCUUAAAAUGUCAAGGGAAAGAUUGGAAAAAGUUGAAGAGGAGAAUAAAAUCCUUAAUAUGAAUAAAACUUAA